CUUGUAGGUAUUUCACACCCAUCAUUGAUUGUCCUACACCCCCUUUGACUGUGCAUACCAGCAGUAAGCACAAAUAACAUCAGUAGAUUGAUCGCUCGAUCCGUAGCACUAGAAAGCAGUAAUGGUGUUUAUUCCCUACCAAAUCGAUCACAACGUCAAAAACACGGCGAAAACAUUGGGAUUUUCCAAAAAGCGCGUGAGCUUCAAGUUUGGUCUCGCCGAUCGCCAAUCCGUCGAUAAAGGUGAGACGGGCGUCGGCUGUCGCGGCAGCGAACACGAAGUCACCUUUUUAUGGAGUCUGAAAACGGGCAAGCGCCAAUUGUUCCUGGACGGCAAGGACAACGGAUGGACCACCGAUCGAGCGUGGCAGCAUUCCUUUACUCUACACGAUCGCAAGGACGGGGCCUUUAAGGUUCAUUUCAUCUCGCAACCCGUCAACCGCGACAUGCCCGACGUCAAGCCGUUCGAUUUGCGUCUCAACGGCGUUUCCUACUUUGCCUUUAACCAAAUUUAUCAGUUGGGGACGCCGUCCAUGACGGUGCGGGAGAGUCAUUCGCGAGGGCAUCACGAAAGUGGUAGGGACUCUCCCAUGGGAGCAGAAGAACGACGGGCCCUGGCACAGGCCAAGGUGGAAAGUAUGCGGGAUUUUCAAGCCCAGCAUGCAAGACCGCGCAUGGAUUCAGCCAACAGUGGAGCCGCCUCGGCAAUGCGAAGGGAAGAAGAAUCACUCCUUAGCUUUGACGACGAUCCCCCAGUUCAGCAAGUGGCGGCCACGCACAGUGCCAGCGCUAACAGCAUGACCAGUAGUCAAGGAAAUGGUAUGUACGCAUCCAAUAUUACGCUGGAUACGGCCAUUCAAGACCGAUCCAAUUCGUACGGGAAUAUGCAGGGCUCCUUUGGUAGCGGCGGCGGAUACAACUCAAAUCCUCCCGGAGCGGCAGCGUAUCAGUAUCAAGCUCCUCCACCGGUCAAUGUGGCGGCGGCUUCGACAACGACCUUGGCACCCUACCAAAUGCCCGGUGGUGUCGCUCCGACUCCCUAUGUUGACUCGACGGGACGUCUCGCCAUGGGUACCCAACCGCAACCGCAGGGUUACAAUUAUGCCACACCCACCAACUCCGCUGGCAACGCGUCGUUUCAGAACCAGUUUCAAUCGCCGUCCAAUCAGUCGUAUGCGAGCUACGGAUCUGCGCCGUCCUUCGCGCAACCACCACGCCAGCAGGGGGCUCCGGAUGGCUUUGCGAAUGGCCCACCAGCGAGCAGUAAUCCGUACGGCGCUCCGCCGCAGCAACAAGCCUACGGUCUACCUCCGCAGCAAUCGUACGCACCACCGCAGCAGCAACCCAAUGCGGGCAAUUAUUACGCACCUCCACCCCAACAAGGUGGAUACCCCGCUCCGUCAUACCCCGGGUACUAG